CUGACUUCUCCCUACCUUAUCACUUCUCGCUGCAUGUGGAUGUGACUUUCUCUUUUUCUAUCCAACUUUCACCCCAGAAACACUCCAAAUCUUUAUUUUUUAUAUACAUAUUUUUUUCCAGUUUGUUCUCAUCGUUGGUUUGUGGUUCCUGCGCGCAGUUCGGCACCUCUCCAAACACCUUGCAGAACCAGUUCGGACAGAAAUGAGUAGUCCCGAUGCGGGUUACGCCAGCGACGAUCAGACCCAGGCAAGGUGCGCGAUGUCAGUCAUGAUGCCUGGAAUGGGACACUGCCAGUGGGCCGACCCGCUCAGUCCUCUCGGGGAGAGCAAGGUGAAAAACGACCCGUGCGCGCCCGGCGGCGGCGGUGGUGGCUCCGGCGGUCAGGGACGGGGUAAGAGCGAACCGCGGAUCCGGCGGCCCAUGAACGCGUUCAUGGUCUGGGCGAAAGACGAGCGCAAGAGGCUGGCGCAACAGAACCCGGACCUGCACAACGCGGAGCUCAGUAAAAUGCUGGGGAAAUCCUGGAAAGCCCUUCCCAGCACAGAAAAGCAGCCCUUUGUGGAGGAGGCUGAGCGGCUGCGGGUCCAGCACAUGCAAGAUCACCCCAACUACAAGUACCGGCCCCGGCGGCGGAAACAGGUAAAGAGGAUCAAGAGGUUGGACUCUGGAUUUCUGGUCCACGGUGUGUCCGAGCACCAGGCCCAGUCGAUGCCCGGAGAUGGCAGGGUAUGCGUGGACAGCCUGGGCCUUGGCUACCAUGAACAUGGCUUCCAGGUUCCCCCACAACCCCUGAGCCACUACAGGGACACUCAGGUGCUCGGGGGCCCAUCUUAUGAACCUUACAGUCUCCCCACACCUGACACGUCUCCCCUGGACGCUGUAGAGUCAGACUCCAUGUUCUUCCCCCCGCAUUCACAGGAGGACUGUCACAUGAUGCCGGCAUACCCUUACCACCCUCAGGUGGCAGACUUUCAACCUCACGAACCCCUCCCCAGUCACCACAGCAGCCCCGGCAUCAUGCACCGCCACCUGGGCUCCGCUCCGGAGCAGCCCCCUCCCUCCUACAUGAGCUGCCCCAACCCUUUGGCUAUGUACUACAACCAGCACUGCAGCCCCAGCCACCCCAAACGACACCCUGGUGGGGCAGGACAGCUUUCCCCACCCCCUGACUCCCACUCUCACUCGGCGGACAGCAUGGAGCAGAUGCACCACUCAGAACUGCUGGCCGAGGUGGACCGCAACGAGUUUGAGCAGUACCUGAGCUCCUCUUCAUCGGCCCGCACGGACAUGGCGGGCCUGCCGUACGGGCCUCACGAGACUGGCAUGCAGGGACCUGAAAGCCUCAUUUCAUCCGUGUUGUCAGACGCCAGCACGGCUGUGUAUUACUGCAGCUACAACAGCUCGUAACCUCUUCUUGCUGCAAAGGACAAAUGAUCUGAUCUUAGAUCUCUAAAGCUAGAUUCAAACAGAAAUACUUUUAUUUUUCACUCCUGGCACAAUGAAGCUCCUGAGAUUUUGUACUGUAUCUUUGUAAAAACUGUUAAAAAGCCAUGAAAUAUUUUAAUCUUAACACUAGUUUUAACUUUUCUCUUCUUCCUUUGCAAGGAUCUUUUGUUUAUAAAUAUUGUACAGUCACUAUUUUAAAAUGUAUGUGUAUGAAGUUGUUUUUUUAUACUUUUGCACUUUUAGUAAAUAAAUGGCUGCAAAAACA